CUGUGUAUUUUUGCCCUGCCCGCGCCCCGUCGCUAACCAAAACAGAUAAUGGCGUCAGCUGAAACCCAGCCGCGGUUCGGCCAGUCUGUCAAGGGUUUAUUAUCCGACAAGGUGGGCUCCUGUAGCGGGGAUGUGAUCGCACUGACCCGCCAGGUGCUGAAAGGCUCCCGCAGUCAGGAGCUUCUUGGUCAAGCGGCAAGAAACAUGGUCAUUCAGGAGGACGCCAUCCUGCACUCUGAGGAUAGUCUGAGAAAAAUGUCUAUCAUCACCACACAUUUACAGUACCAUCUGUCCGUCUGUCCGUCUGUCUGUCUGUCUGUCGGUCUGUCUGUCUGUCUCUCACUAAGGCAGGAGGCCAUCCAGAAGAAUGUGGAGCACUCUAAAAACCUGCAGGACCAGCUGAGACACCUGCUGAAGUGAAAGCUGACACACCCCAGACCUCGGGAGGAUCCUGUGUUAACCAACGCUAUCUGAGCAGUAUUGACGCAUCCAUAGGCUUUGCUUGCUGGUACAGCUGGUACUGUCAUCAGCUCACAUUUUGGAAGUGAAGUGCUGCUCUGUACCAAACACAAACACAGGGCCUGUGCUUAAGGAUUGCUCUGCAAAGCAACAGCCAUGGAAUAAUUGUUCUCGAGUUAUGUAAAAUGUUUUGAUCAGUUGUAUUAAAUUACUUUAUUGAA